AUGUCGGAUUGUGAUUCGGAAUCUGAGAAGAGGAGUUCAACGCCUGAAUAUAAAAAGUUUAAACGGGGCGAGAGUUCUAAAAAACUUACUCACCGAAAACAGAAAUACCGUGUAGAAUGGGAACAAGACUCUAAGUUUAAAGGUUGGAUCACAAAUAGUAAUGACACUACAAAGGCUCGUUGCCGCGCUUGCAAUGUAGAAUUCACUGCCGAAAUCACUGUAAUUAAAAAUCAUGCGAAGUCCUUGAAACAUGCCCUAAAAGUGAAAAGUUUGCCAAAUACAACAAUUACAUCUAUGUUUAAUAAGCCUGAGAGCUCUGUUCAAACUCAGAGUAAAAUUGCCGAAAUAAAAUUUACAGGAUUUAUGACGGAACAUAAUGUUUCAUUUAAUUCAGCUGAUCAUUUAACAAAUCUGAUUAAAAAUUGUUUUCCUGAUUCUAAGAUUGCCCAGAAUAUGUCACUAGGAAGAUUCAAAGCUACACAAAUAUCAAAAAAUGUAAUCGGUGCUUGUGCGGAGGAAGAAAUUGUUUCGUAUUUAAAGUGCUCAAAAUUUAGUUUGAUAAUUGAUGAAUCUACAGACAUUUCUUCUGUCAAAACUUUGUGUAUUUGUGUACGUUUUUUUCAUCCGAAAACCUGUAAAAUUGAUACUCUUUUUUGGAAGCUUAUACAAAUUUUUUCCGACGACGAACCUGAGAAAGCAAAGGAAGGAGCUACUAGCCAGAGGUUAUAUGAAGAAAUAAUUAAAAUCUUAUCAAAAAAUAAUAUACCUCUUCAAAACAUGAUAGGUUUUGCAUCAGAUGGCUGCAACACUAUGUUUGGUAGUAAAAACUCCGUAGCAAGCAAAUUGGCCAACGACAUUCCAGGGUUAAUGCUACAAAAAUGUACGUGUCACUCUUUGCAUUUAUGUGCGAGUGAAGCAUGCAAAAAAUUACCACGAAGAUGUGAAGAUUUGGCCAGAAAUAUUUACGGGUUUUUUAAAAAUAGUGCUAAACGACAGGCCAUGUUUAAAGAAUUUCAGGACUUUUGUAACACUGAGCCACAUAAGAUUCUCAGACCAGCGCAAACUAGAUGGUUAUCAUUAUUACAAGUAGUUAAACGAAUCUUAGAACAGUGGGAACCUCUAAAAUUAUUUUUUACUUCUAAUUAUUUAGAGCAUCGGCUUAUAGCCAGCGAAGAAAUAUAUAUUGCUCUUAAUAAGCAAGAGAUUAAAUUAUUUUAUUUUUUUUUGGAAUGGGUACUUCCUAAAUUUGUUGAAUUAAACAAAUACUUUCAAAGUGAAAAGGUAGUCAUUUCAUAUUUACAUGAUAGGAUGGUUAUGUGUUUUAAAGAUUUAUUAUCCGCUUUUAUGGAUCCAAAUUAUAUCAAUAGGACACCCCUUGGUAAAAUUAAUCCAACUGAUAACACACACUUUCUCCUGAUUACAAACAUGUAUCUGGGCAUUGGAGUUCUUAACAAUAUUGAUUCUGUAGAACAGGCGACAAAACUAGAUUUUCUUGAACGCUGUCGUGAUUUUUUAAUUACUGCUUGUCUGCAGAUUCAGAAACGUUAUAACUUCGAAGAUCCUGUCUUAAGUCAACUUUCCAUUUUAAAUAUAAAUAAUAUCAAAAAAGGAACUGGAACUACACUUUUGCCGUUAAUGAAAUCUCUACCCCAAAUUUGUGACCUCCAAAAUACUAGCCAAAUUCAAAAAAUUGACGAUCAGUGGAGAAAAUUAAGUCAUUUCGAGGAUUUACCAGAAUCUACAGAAAUAGAUGUUUUUUUUGCUAACCUACGUCAAGUAACUGACUUUAGCGGCGAAUUUAUAUUCCCCGAUUUAUGUAAUUUUGUUUUGAGUGUUCUUUCACUCCCACAUUCCAGUGCCAGUUGUGAAAGACAAUUUUCAAAAGUAAAUUUGAUUAAAACAAAAUCAAGGAAUCGAAUGAUAACAGAUACGCUAAAUGGACAUAUAUUAUCAUCGCAACAACUACAAAAAGACUGCGCAAAUUUUAAACCUGACAAUAAAAUGUUAAGAAACAUGAUGUCCGACAAACUCUACCAGGCCGGGACUGCUGCAGGGAAGGAAAAUCCAGAACAAUCGGAUGAUAUCAUUUUUGAAGAUUUAUAA